CUGAUCAAGCCGACGGUUUGGGUGGAUUUAGAGGUAUACUACAAGCUCUACCAGACAUCAUGAAGAUCGAAUUGUUCGUGGGUUACAUUUUCUUCUGCUCGUUCUGGGCCAUCGGUAUUUUCAAUAUUCACUGUUAUUACUGCUCUGGCCCGAGUUAUGAAGAAUGUCAAAGAAAUCUUAAAUUGGAUGAAUACGCUGACUACGCCGCAUGUAUGCAAUAUCAUGUCAGAUUCGACAACGGAUCAGCGAAAUUAGAUUCCUUUUUCAAAGGGGUCAUACCAAAACGUUUCUGUGAACAGUUCAGCAAAGGAAACAUAACCAACAUGUGCUACCACCCUUUCUAUGAAUGUAAAGCAAAGUGUUGCCAUGAAGAUUACUGCAACAAAGGAAAUAUUCUGGACACAGGUAGCCAAGCUUCCAGCUCCAGGAAGGCAGUUUUUAUCAGCGAUGGUGUGGUAGCCAUGGGGUUGUUUUUGGGUGUGUCACUAACAGCCUUUAGUGUUAACUAGUCAGAAAACGUUUUGAUGAUUCUUGGAGUUGUAGUGUAAGUAACUUUAUGUGGAAUCUAGCAAUUGAAAUUAAUGUGCAAAGAGUUUUUAGGUUGAAUUUAUGAUGGGGUCCUCAUGCAAACUCCGAAGCAAACCUGAUUUUAUUUGGAUUUCGAUCGGUCAUUGAUGACGCUGAACUUUUUUUCUGUUAUGAUAGGCUAUUAUGAUUACUUAGGCUUUGAUUUUCUACAGCCAAACUGCUCUGGACAACAAUUUUUGUAAAAUCGUCUUGUUUUAGUUUAGAAUUAUAAUAAGCAAAUUUUCAUGUUGACUUUCAUGUCUAUUUUAACGAAACAAAUAUCAAAAUAUAUACCAAAACUUGCCCAGAUCAACCAAUGGUAUUUACUGUAUUGUUUAGUAUUAUCGUGAAAAAAAUGUAAACGUUUUAUUCAAUAAAAUGAUGAAUAUUUCAGAA